UGUAGAUAAACUUGAAACAAAGACGCCCACUUGGUCCUAGUGAUACAUUUUACUUCAUCUCAAAGUGAUUUUAAUCAAAAGCAAUCACAAGUCCAAAAUGGAAUCACCUCAUAAACCCAAGUCUAUCUCCACCAAUCUUUUCUUCCUGUUUCUUCUUUUGUCUACUAAUCUCCUUACUUUGUUCCUCUCCUCCACCUUCUACUCCUCUUCUUCUUGCUCUCUCAACCCCCUCACAGCCGCCACCAGCACCGCUGCCGCUACUGCUAUCUCCACCACGGCCACCAUCACCACUGCUGCUACCUCUCAGACAAGUUUGGACCUCCCAUCUGAAUUCUUGGCCUUCACUUCAGGCCAACUUCUUCCGUUUGGUUUCAACACAAACUUUGACUCGGACACAAUCUAUCCACCAGUAGGCCAAUCUUGCACUCUGUUUUCUAAUGAACUCAACCGCUACAUGAACUACAAGGUCAACGGGUCAUGCCCAGAUGACGAACUUCUAGCUCAAAAGCUCCUCCUCAAGGGCUGUGAGCCUCUCCCCCGCCGCCGUUGCCGCCCCGCUGCACAGCCUAAUUACGACGAACCCUAUCCUCUGCCUACAAGUCUAUGGACUACGCCUCCAGAUUCUUCAGUCGUGUGGACAGCUUACACAUGCAAAGGCUAUACAUGUCUCAUCAACAGAUUCCGAACACAAAAGGGUUUUGACGACUGCAAAGAUUGCUUUGAUCUUGAAGGAAGGGAAAAGGCACGUUGGGCAUCAAAACAAAGUAAUGCAGGAUCACUAGACUUCGCCAUUGAUGAAGUACUAGCAACAAAGAAACCCGGCACGAUACGAAUUGGGCUCGACAUUGGUGGUGGAGUUGCAACAUUCGCUGUAAGAAUGAGAGACAGAAACAUAACAAUCGUGACAACAUCCAUGAACUUGAAUGGUCCAUUCAAUAACUUCAUAGCAUCACGAGGGGUUGUGCCUCUGUACAUAAGCAUAUCGCAGAGACUCCCUUUCUUUGAUAAUACAUUAGAUAUAGUGCAUUCUAUGCAUGUAUUAAGCAACUGGAUUCCAACAACUUCGCUUCAUUUCUUGAUGUUUGAUAUCUAUAGGGUUCUUAGGCCUGGUGGGUUGUUUUGGCUUGAUCAUUUCUUCUGUGUUGGUGAGGAAUUAGAGCAAGUUUAUGCACCGGUUAUUGAAAGUAUUGGAUUCAACAAGUUGAAAUGGGUUGUUGGGAGGAAGCUUGAUCGUGGCCCAGAGCUUAGGGAGAUGUACCUUUCUGCUUUGUUAGAGAAGCCAUUGAAGAAUUCUUGGUGAUUUAGUUUCCUGUAUUCUUAGUCUUUAAAUUAUAGGAAAUUUUUCUUUCUUCAUUUUGAGUUACAUCCACUGGAUUUUACGUUUACCCAAAAAUUAAUUGAGAAAUACGGAGUCCUUUCUUUUUA